AUGGAGAGUCUCUCAUCAGACAAGGUGACCAUCAACAACCCAGCAGACAUCGUCAUCAUUAUCGGAUACUUCUUCGUGGUUAUUAGUGUUGGCAUUUGGUCCAUGUUUCGGACCAAUCGUGGGACAGUUGGAGGAUAUUUCCUGGCAGGACGCACCAUGACCUGGUGGCCAGUCGGUGCGUCUCUGUUUGCCAGCAACAUCGGCAGUGGUCACUUUGUGGGUUUGGCGGGUACUGGGGCAGCCAGUGGCAUCGCUGUAGGAGGGUUUGAGUGGAAUGCUCUGUUCAUCGUGCUGCUGCUGGGCUGGCUGUUUGUACCCGUCUACCUCACAGCGGGGGUGAUCACGAUGCCGCAGUACCUGAAGAAGAGGUUUGGAGGGAGCAGAAUCAGCCUCUACCUGUCUGUUAUCUCUCUGUUUCUGUACAUUUUCACCAAGAUCUCAGUGGACAUGUUUUCAGGAGCCGUGUUUAUCCAGCAGGCGUUAGGGUGGAACAUCUACGUGGCCGUCAUCGCGCUCCUGUUAAUAACAGCCUUGUACACUGUUACAGGUGGCCUGGCUGCUCUGAUGUACACUGAUACUGUUCAGACCUUUGUCAUUAUCGCCGGCGCCUUUGUCCUCACCGGUUUCUCCUUUGCAGAAGUAGGAGGCUACGGUGCUCUGGUAGCUAAAUAUAGCUCUGCUGUGCCACGUAAUGUCACCUCCCUAGACCCCCAGCGCUACAACAUCUCCUCCCAAUGCUACAAUCCCAGACAGGACGCCUUCAAUCUGCUGAGGGACCCGGCCACAGGGGACCUGCCCUGGCCUGGGGUGAUGUUUGGGAUCGCUAUAGUGGGAGGCUGGUACUGGUGUACGGACCAGGUGAUCGUCCAGCGGUGUCUUGCAGCUCGUAGCCUCACCCAUGUGAAGGCCGGCUGCAUCAUGUGUGGCUACCUCAAACUGCUACCGAUGUUCCUCAUGGUGUUCCCUGGCAUGAUCAGCAGAGUGCUCUACCCAGAUGAGGUUGGCUGUGUGGUCCCUGAGGACUGUAAGAGGGUGUGUGGGACGGAGGUGGGCUGCUCCAACAUCGCUUAUCCUAAACUGGUGGUGUCAAUCAUGCCCAAUGGCUUGCGAGGUCUGAUGUUAGCUGUGAUGCUAGCUGCUCUCAUGUCCUCUCUGGCCUCCAUCUUUAACAGCAGCAGCACUCUGUUCACCAUGGACAUCUGGACUCGCAUCAGACCACAGGCCACAGAACGCGAGCUCAUCAUUGUAGGCAGAGUCUGGGUUCUGUGUAUCGUAGCCGUCAGUAUCUGCUGGAUCCCAGUAGUCCAGGCAGCCCAGAGCGGUCAGCUGUUUGAUUACAUCCAGUCCAUCUCCAGCUAUCUGGCUCCCCCUAUCGCCUCCGUCUUCCUCCUGGCUGUGUUUGUGAAGAGGGUCAAUGAAAUGGGAGCGUUCUGGGGCCUGAUAGGUGGUCUGGUGAUGGGUCUGUGUCGGAUGUUGCCUGAGUUUUGGUUCGGUACCGGCAGCUGUGUUUUCCCCUCCUACUGCCCUUUCCUGGUGUGUGGGAUCCAUUACCUUCACUUUGCCAUCAUACUCUUCUUCUGUACAUCGCUGCUGGUGCUGCUGGUCAGCUACUGCACCGAGCCCAUACACGAUCAACAUCUCCAUCGCCUGGUGUUCAGCCUUCGUCACUCCAAAGAAGAGAGGAAAGAUCUGGACUGGGAGCAGGAGGAACCAGGGAGGAGAGCCAGGAGAGAGGCUGACGAGAGGCUGAGGGAGAAUCACAGCAGUGAUGCAGUGGCUGACCAGGAAGAAAAGUCCGGCAUCUGUCGCCUGAUUGGUCGUUUCUGUGGUCAGGACAACAAGUCUGAGGUCCAUGAGCCAGAAGCUCCUGAGGCACCGGAGCAGAUGCCUGACAUCAGUGAGGACCCCGUGUGGCAGUACGCUGUGGAUUCUAACGCCAUCGUCAUGAUGGCUGUAGCAGUUUUUAUGUGGGGAUACUAUGCUUGAUGGAGUCCUCUAGUUCUUCCUAACUCAAGGUGGAAUUAAAAGUGGCAUCUUGAUGUAAUAAAAUCACUUAAAACGAGACAUGACAAGUGAAUUGGACAAAAAAAAUGUAAACAAAUGUCCCUGGUAUCAAAGUUCUAUUAAAUUUUCUGCGUGAUUAUGCAAAUCAAGUAUUAUCUCUCAAAAUAUUCACUAAUUUGCAUCCAACAGCAAUCUGGACAAAGCCAGCUUCAAAAUUCUCAUUUCAGUUUGUUAGAAUAAAGGUUUCUACUGGGGAGAGUUUGGAUGUCUUUUUAUCACCCCAUGAAUCAGAAAAUGCUGUCAGAAGAAAAGUUCAUUGUUUCCAUUUAAAAAAAAAUAAAAAAAAAUACAACGUUCUAUAAAUCCAGCUAUGACUAAUAUAUAAACAAACUCCUCUGUACAAACCUUCAGAAUACAGACAAGAAUAAAACUGGAACAUUUGAUGAAUUAAGCACUUUGAAGUGGAGGUUUCUGGCUUUGAGUUUCUGAAAAAAAUAACAGUGACAAGAUAUUCAAUAUUGUCUAAAAUUAACAUUCUUAUUUAAAAGCAAUACUUUUUUUUUAAAAAAAACUUGUCUAAUAGAUAUUGCUGUGAAACUUUCAAAUUUGAUUUCUUACAUGAAUAAAAAUAUUUUUUGUGUCA